GGGCGGUGGCAUAUUAUUUUUACGCGUGCGAAGGGUUUAGAAGGGUUUUAUUCCGCUUCAAUGCAAAACCAUCACUCAGUAGCAACGGCGGCGUCUCCCACCGCGCAGCGCUGAAACCCUAAUCGUCUCUUGGCCAUGCCUUCGAAACCCUAAUCCCCCAAACUCGCUGCUAUCCAUCAUCUCUUCUCCCAUGGCGGCCGACAUAGCGUUAGAACCCGAACCCCUGAAUCCGUGCUGCGCGGAGAUCAAGAAACGGUAUCAGAAGCUGGAAGAGAAGAGGAAUGCUCUCCGGCAGGCCGUGAAGCUCCUCGAGAACGAAACGAAUAAGCUCCUGAACGAGAAUCAGAAUCUCAAGAAGGCUUAUGAAGAGGAGCGGGCACGGACAGGGCGAGAGAAAGAAGCAAAAGAAAAGGAGUCCACUAUUAGAAAUCAGUUGGAGAAAGAAAUGCAUGACUUGAAGGCUGAGAUGUCCUCCUGUCAGAAAAGUGGAAGUUCGAGAAGUGAGGCUGAUGAUGAAAGUGGCCUGAUUCGCAUUUUGGAGGCAGAGGGAGAAGUAGGAAGGCUCAAGGAACUUUUAGAUGAAGAGAAAAAGCGAAGCAAUUCUGAGAAGAAGAAUGCUGAGGUGGAGAAGAAAAAAGCUGCUGAAGCAUGGAAAUUUGUGGAAGUGGAGAAAAGCAAGGUAGAAGAAGUAAAGAAACAUGUAGAGAUUGCAAGGAACAAAGCUGAUGAAUACAGGCUUUGCCUUGAAAAACUAAAGAUGGAAGCUAAUGAAGCAAGAGAGAAGUUGAUUGCGGAGAUCUCCAAAGCAGAUGAUGCAAAUAAAAAGGUUGAAGCCGAGAAGCAGAAGAUAAACAGAGAAAGGGAACGUGCUGAUAUGGAGAGGACAAAAGCAGAAGAACAGAGAAGGCUCAUGGAAGUAGAAAGGAAAAAGGCAAUGGGUGAAAAAUACAGGGCAGAUAAUUUGUCCCAGAGGCUGGAGAAGGAGAAGCAAAGGAGUGAAGAAUUACAGAGGAAAGUCGAGGAGAUUUUAUCUACCGGAAGAGAUGUAAGGGGUUGUUCAUGUUUUGGAGAUAAAAGAUCUAAUGGCGGAACAAACAUCAAAACUGCAGAUGUCAAGCUUCUAAGAGAGCAACUCAAGCUAAAAAAGAAGCAAGUAAAGCAUGCUAAAAGAAUGAAUAAACUAGAGAAAGCAGAAAAUAGGUUUAUAAGGAAAGAGCUUUCUCUCUUAAAACAGGAUUUCAUGCAAAUGUCUUGCCGCUUUAAUGUCCUUUACGACUUCCUAUCAUGCAGCAUGGAAGGUACAGAUAGCCUGGCAAAGAACGGCGAAUCUCCAGAGCUAUGGGGCUGCAACUUGCAGAACAACCUUUUGGGUCCCCAACCAUGCAAUUUUAACUCGCAAAGUGAUUUUAGCUUGCCAGAGAUAUGCUAUACAAAUUCACUUAAUCACCCUUGUUCUGCCAGGGAAUGCCCUCGCCUACAGUUAUCUAGAGGAAGCUGUACCCGGCCAACCUCAGGGAAAGGAUGCAUUAUUUGCCACUGCAUCAACCGAAGUAGCAGAGAAGAGCUCCAAUCAGAGAUCAUCCAUUCUGAGGACUUAAGUGUAGUGGAUCAGGCGUCUAAUAGUCGCAGAAAAAAAAGAAGGAUCCAAGAUGCUCUAGAAUCUGUUGCAUGGUUAUAUUCUGAGGAUGGUCAGUUGCAUUUGAAGAUAGGAGAGAAACUAUCUGAGUUAAAAUAUCUUUUGAACAGAAAAGGUAAUAUCCCUUCAGGCGUGGAAAAUUCUGGGAUCUCAGAGUACUUGGAUGACAGAAAGGGGUUUUGUGCCAAAAAUCAUAAUGAUCGCAGUAAAAAAUCCUGCAAACACAGGAGUAACAAAAUGCUACGUAAGCAGCAGAAGAAUGAUGUACUAUACUUGAAUCAAAAUGACGUUCAGAAGCAAGCAGAAAAGUAUGAAACAGAAGACAGUAGGGUUCCAUGCGCCCUCCGUGAAAUGGCAAAACCUUUUCAGAUGAAAGAGAAUGCUGUAUGCAGGGAAGAGCCAUCUAAUGCUGUUUGCAGUAAGCAGGCUGAUUUAAUUUCUUUUGAGAGAUGA